GUCUACAACGUAACUUCACGUGAUCUUCCAUUUGAUCUUAACAAAUAUGGCAAGAUGAAUCGUGCAGAGCUGGAAGAAUCCUUGAGGAAUACAGUUCGCUUGCUUGCUAAUGAGUCUGCACCCCAUAGCCGAUUCAAAAGGGACGUAUCCGCUCUGAAUCCUACUACGUUAGCACCAUUUAUGUUUGCGCCAACCAUUUUGACUCUAGUUGUUCUUGGGCCAGUAACCUUGUCACCAUAUAUAUUUUCUCCAAGUAUUCUAUCUCCAACUGUUCUAAGCCCCAUAACUCUAUCGCCAUAUAUAUUUUCGCCGGGUAUAUUAUCGCCAACUGUUUUGAGCCCGCCGGUGCUGUCACCUCAGGUGGCCAAUCCACUAAUCUUAUCGCCGUAUGUGCUUGGUCCCAAUGUGCUUUCGCCAGCUGUGAUGAACCCCUACGUACUCACACCAUAUGUAUUAUCACCAAACGUCAUCAAUCCAUACGUGUUGUCGCCUAUAGUUUUAUCACCAUUCGUCCUUUCUCCCGAUGUUCUUUCUCCUACGGUGCUAUGUGGGGGUGUGCUGUCACCGAAAGCGUUUUCGCCUUCUCUUGCAUCAGACGGAUGGCUGGGUGUGGACGUUCUCUCACCGAGUUUCAUGUCCUGA